AUUAUCAUAAAUUUAUCAUACUAUCAGCCGUUUGAUGAGCGGUUUUCGGUACAUGACUGGAGUAUGACCAGCCCUCGAACACGAGGACCUUGGAAUGGACGACUGAGACUCCACUGAUAUCUGCACUCCUCACUCACCCUUGAGAUAAGUUGGUUCAAGAUACCGAGAACUCAACUUUCCAGAAAUGUUAAGAAUAACCCGGAGCUACGAGUACCGAGGUCUCAAAUCCUUAGCUAAUACUAAUACUAUGUGGGAAUGCGCUAUCUUCCACAUCACUAUCCACAUCCAAGUACUCCAUAUCCGCAUCUUGGGGUGCCUUCUCCAGGUAGCACAACAUCUUUGGUUUCAUCAAUUUUUGCUGCGCACCUUUGCCUUCUUGGGCUUUUGUGGUGGCUCCUAACUGUCUGAGGGCAUGGUUUGUAGUAGGGGUAUAUGACAAUAGCUGCUAGUGGCAUUAAGAUAUGAAAGAUACCUGAGAUGGGGCUGCUUGUAAUAACUCAGUGUGGAUGUGCUGAAUCAUUCGAUUCAAUCCUUUUUUAUUAAAAGAUACCUCCAGUACUGGAGUAAGAAUAUAGUUAUCUUAUUGACGAGAACAGUACCACCACAAUGGCAGCUCAGCUGGGGGCUCAGGCUGCCAACCAAGUCUUGACCGAGGCAGCUAGAGGACUUGCAUAUACCCAGAGAGACCAGUACAAUGAAGAUGACAUCAAGGAGAGGCUGCUCAGAGAUCUGGAAAUCAUCAAGGAAGAUACAAAGGCGCUUCGGAAUGCAGAUUUCAAAACAGCCAGAGACGCUCUCCGGGUUGUCCUAGCAUCCAACGAAUCAAUUACUAGCCCCACAAAUCUUCGUAGACUGCGACUUGUCCAUGACUGUGCUUCCAAGGCAUGGAAUACUGUUCCAGACCCAUUGGAUAAACUUUCGGCAUUGUCCUUCCUUGUUUUUAGCAACUACCACUUGGUUGCAGUUGAGUCUGCUGCCACUGCUGUUGCCAGCAACAACACUGGCAUCACUCCCAAUUGGACCGCAGGAAAAGCGGAAGCAUGUUCUCUACUUGCACAAUAUGUGGGCUACAGUGAUUUGCCACAAUUACACAAGGCAGCGGAAGAAGAAGUUGGCACAUCAAGUUUCCGUUUGUCUGUCUUUAAGGACAAGACCAAACGCCGGAAACUGCUGGGGCUCUAUGCCCAGCUCAUGAGCAAUGUUUGCAAUCUCUCUCCGCCGGCAAAUACCCAUGGCCUUCCAAAAUUGGAAAACGUGAAUGCAGCACUGCUAAGAUCUCAGCACAAAAUUGUGGACGACCAUACUUGUUACUUAGGAUUUCUAAAAGGCACAUCACAACUUCUUCGGGCAACCUUGAUGGGACACACUGACUCAGUUUUGUGCUGUGCUGUCUAUGAAAAUGGGAAGAGAGCCCUCAGUGGAAGCAAUGACAAGACAUUGAAAGUGUGGGAUCUCACCACUGGAAAAGAGCUCAAGAAGUUGCAAGGCCACUCUGGCUCAGUAAAGUGCUGUGCCAUCUAUCAAAAUGGCAAUCGAGCCAUCAGUGGAAGCUGGGACAAAACAUAG